AUGCAAUUUACUCAAGUAAUAGCACCAACAACUCCAACAAUUAACGGAGUUUCAAUUAACAGAGAUUCAAUAAGAAAUGACGUCUUCGAGAUAAUCUCAAAUAAUCAAGAAGUGAAAGAGCAAAUUCAGUCUUUACGAGAGAAUUCUAAACCAGAAGAUAUUGUGAAUAUAUUGCAAGAUGUUGUUAUUAAACGAAUUGAGCAACAUUUAACUGUUUUAGAACAAAAAACUAAUUCAAUUGAAUAA